CCAUUGGGCGAACACGAUGCCGUCAAACUGAUUGCGAAGUGUAAGAAGUCUCCGUUUGGCCACAACUUUGAGACGAAGAUGGACGACAACGUUCGUAAGAGCUGGCAGCUAGAGCCCAGUCAAGUGGAGUUCAAGAACCCACUUUGGGAACGCGGUCUCAAUGAGCUUACCCGAACGAUCACUGAGCGCCUCGGAUACACUGGAGUUUGGUUGCAGUGCGUACUGUACAAGUUGCUUGUGUACGAAAAAGGCGGCCACUUUGCUAAACAUCAAGAUACUGAAAAGGAAGACGGUAUGAUCGCGACCCUGGUUGUUCAGUUGCCGUCACUUCAUGAAGGUGGUGACCUGGUGAUUUAUUCCAAUGGAGAAGUGAAACAUCGCCACGAUUUCGGCAAAGCUGAUGGUACAGCAGCAUUCAUGCCACACUAUGCCGUACACUACGCAGAUGCUGAACACUCGUUGGAAAAAGUGACUAAGGGGUUUCGUCUAGCGUUAGUUUACUCAAUCUGUUUGCCGAAGGACAAGAGUGAUUUGAAACGAGUCUCCGAUAAGCCGCUGAGUGAUGAUCUGGUGGACGCAAUCCGGAUGGUCUCCGAUAGGGGCGAGUCUUUCGCCUUACUACUGUCCCAUGAGUAUACUAAGAAGAGUAUCGCUGAUUUUGGAUGUGAGGCGUUAAAAGGCGUCGAUCGUGUCAGAUUUGGAGCUUUGGAAGAGGCGAACACACUUGUUGCGACCGACAAGAAACUGAACUUCUAUAUCGCAGAGCUAAGCCUUUUUGUGGAGUAUUCGGAACAUGACGACGAAGCGGGUUGGUUCGAGUGCGAACGAGAGCAGUCCAUCACCUGGUACAACUACUUGCCGGAUAUUAACGACAUUGGGCAAGUCCAGAAGACUGAAGCUGUAUUCAACUUUCUGAAUCCAGCAGGAGAAACUCUCACCCAGCUCUGGAUGCCUCAUGGCACCAAAGAAUUUCAUUGCUACACUGGAAACGAAGGUCCGUCAAGCAGUACAAAGUAUUCUAGAUACACUAUUGUGGCGUGGCCGGCAAGUCGACACGCAGAAAAUGCGUUAUCAUAUUUCCCUAUGGAUCUCGCAUACGAGGCUCUGAACGCUCGUAAACCAUUUGAUGCUUCAGCUCUGCGGUCGCUCAUGGAGCAAGUCGACAAGCGAUUCGAGACAGAAAGGGAUUUUAGUAUUCCUCUUGGGUUUUCCAUCGAAUUUUGCCGACUAUUUUGUGAAUUGGUACUAGACGCUGGUGAUCCAGAACUAGUGAACUUCUUCUUUACGAAACUGUGUCCGAAACUGGGUAACAUCGGAGGGAACGAUACGCUUGUUCCUUUUCUUGUGGCCAUCAUACGGAAGUUUGAAUGGAGUAACAUUGGAUUGGCACUUCUGUCUUCGCUAAGCAAAUCGCAAGGGUAUUAUUCAUGGAACCAGACCAAACAGAAUGAACUCUCCUUUGUCGAACUAACUUUACGAGUUCUCGAUGUUUUGGAUGGUGACGAGGGCCAAGAAGCGUUGCUGCAAAUGGCAUUGGAAAAGGCCAUGGAACUUAAGGACGAGCAGUUCUGCUCGCCGAAGCUAGCCCCACUACUCUGCAAAUGGUCUCGUCGCUCUAGCGACGAUAGCAGGUUCAAGGCGUUUUCUGAAAAGCUCAACGAGUUGGAUCCACGUUUUUUAGGACCAGUCAUUGAGGGAAUAUCGCAGCUGCUAGUUGAUGAAGAUAAGACUGGCGAACUUUACGUCAGUCUUAAAGCACUCGCGCCGAAACGGAUCGAAUGGUUGAAUGACCAGAUAUCGGAGUUGAGCAAGUCUUUCACUUGGGAGAUGCCAGACGCCGAAUUCCGCGGCUCUAAGGUUGUCAAGGAGUUUUUGCGGGGCCCAGACGAGUCUAUGGAUAUGAAAGACGACUUCACUAAUCUUGAGGACGUUCGCGAUUAUGCAGCCCAAUGGACUGAAAAGGACCAGCGUGGUGCUUCGUUCAAACUGGAGGCUGCUGGUUCGGACGAAGACCCGUAUCUGAAGAUCACUAAAACGCGGAAAUGGUUUGAGGACCGUCAAAAGACUUUGGAGCAAUAUAAGAAGGAAGUGGGUGAUUUGAUGGAACGCUUUGAUGAGAAAACGGAUGAAGGUUUGAAGAAACGCGCUCGCCACCAGUGACGCUACAACGAUUUUUUUAGCACGUGAUACUUGGACAGACAGAAAAAAACUUAGCUAGUUUCGCUAGAAAGAAGUGAGAGAGAGUCCUGUCACCGAACCAA